AUGUCCAUUGAUGAUAAAUACAUUGGAUUGGGAUUGGCCAUGUCCUCAUCUUUGGCUAUUGGUACUUCCUUCAUCAUUACAAAAAAAGGAUUAAUGGAUGCUGCUUCACGAAGUUCAUCAAGUAGUGUACAGGCACAAGAUUAUUUACAAAAUCCAAUAUGGUGGGGAGGGAUGAUAACUAUGGCAAUUGGAGAAAUUGCCAAUUUUGCUGCUUAUACUUUUGCACCAGCUAUUUUGGUUACACCCCUUGGAGCACUUUCAGUUAUUAUUGGUGCUGUAUUGGCUGCUAUUUUCUUAAAAGAAGAAUUAGGAACUUUAGGGAAAAUGGGUUGUGCAAUUUGUUUAAUGGGAUCAGUUAUUAUUAUAUUGCAUGCUCCUCCUGAUAAAGAAGUUGAAACUGUUGAUGAAAUCUUGGGUUAUGCUACUCAACCAGGAUUUUUAUUUUAUUGUACUGCCGUGGGAUUAUACACGUUAUUUAUGGUUUAUAAAAUUGUUCCAAAAUAUGGUGAUACUAAUCCUAUGAUUUAUUUAUCUAUUUGUUCUUCAGUUGGAUCCAUUUCAGUCAUGUCAAUUAAAGCAUUUGGUAUUGCACUUAAAUUGACUUUAGGUGGUAAUAAUCAAUUUACUCAUGUAUCAACUUAUUUAUUUUUAAUUGUGGUUGCUAUUUGUAUUGUUACUCAAAUGAAUUAUUUCAAUAAAGCUUUGGAUCAAUUUGAUACUUCAAUUGUUAAUCCAUUAUAUUAUGUCACAUUCACUACAUGUACACUUGCAGCAUCAUUUAUUUUAUUUAGAGGAUUUAAUACAUCGUCUGCAGUGGAUAUCAUUUCUUUAUUGAUUGGAUUUUUAAUUAUCUUUAGUGGAGUCUAUUUAUUGAAUAUCUCAAGAAAAGAAAAUGACGGUAAAGAUCGUGAAAUCUUUGGUGUUCAUACUAGUAAAGAUAUGGGACCUAUGGAUAAUGGUGUAGGUGGAUUCAGUACAGUCAGACGCUCCAUGCAGGUUAGCAGAAGUGUUGAUUAUAACAACGAAGAAACUGUGGGUUUAAGACGCUUUGAUAGUUUUGAAAUCGAUGAAGAAGAUGAAUUUGAUGAUACCUCAUCAAAUCAUCGUAGACUUUAA